GCUUCAUAUGAGUGAAGAAGAAGAAGCAAAGGGCGGCCUUCAGCGAUACAGCACAUUUAGCCAAGUUAUUUGAGCUAAAACGAUAAAAUCACUUUCCCUCCUUUUAUAUAACCGACGUAGGGAUUGUUUGGAAUAAAGAUCCAUUCAUGUAAGCGCUGACUCCCAGGAGUGGAUGUUAAAACACGCAAACAUGUCCGGAGCGUGUCAGGACAGAAGGAGCCGCUGGCAGGAGAUUCAGAAAAGCCUACAGUUCAUCCAAUCAAACCUUCCAUUUCCUGGAAGUCAAGAGCAGUAUGAGGUGUUCAUUAAGGAUCUUGUAUGGAAUCUGUUUGGAGAAGGAAAUGACGUAUUUAAAGAAGGUGACUGGACAAAAUCCAUGGAGAUGUACACGGAGGCCUUGGGUAUCGCUGAUUACGCUGUCUCGGAAGACAUCAGCGUUCCGACAGCUUUACUGGAAAAGCUGUAUGCAAAUCGAGCUGCAGCGUACUUAAAUAUCGGUCCGGGACUGUAUGACCAAGCAUUAGAAGACUGUGAAAAGGCUCUCCAGUUGAACGACGGGAACCACAAAGCGCUGUACAGAAAAGCGAAAUCCUUGAAAGAGAUGGGUAGACAUCAAGAGGCCUAUGAGGCUGUUGCCAAAUGCUCUCUAGCGGUGCCUCAGGAUGCCAGUGUCACACAGCUGACUCAGGACCUUGCCAAAAUUUUGGGAUUGAAAAUCCGUAAAGCUUAUGUGAGGAGUAAGCCUGCCUUGAAUGUUUUGCGAGGAUCAAGUUAUCAAGAUGCAUCAUCUGAUAAGUCCUCUCAUGGCUCGUCUUCAGUUGAAGAUAUAGAAAUUGAAGUGCCUCAGUUGACCCAGGAUAGCGGCGUUUUGGUUCCUGUCCCAGCUCCGAUCCAGGUUCCAGUGGUAGUGCACCCGCCUCUAAACGACGCGGCGGUGGACGAACUCCCUCCCAGCAACAGUAUCUUAUCUGCGCCCCCGUCUGAGCCUCCAGGCUUCGAGUCUGUCCCCCUGCCCGUGUCUGUACCUACGUCAGUCCCUCUCCCUGUGCCCACUUUUGUAAACGGGUGCAGAACUAGUAAGCCUUGCUUGUUGCUCGAAAGCAGUCAAGAUUUUGACGCGGAUAUCAUCGGGGACGACCUCGACGAUCUACUGGACCAAGCGGGCCCUGAAGCAGCCAUGGUUAUACCCACAGUGAAGGGGCCUCUUCCUUUGCCAACCAGUAUUGCCUCGGGGAGUUCAAUGUCAAUUCCAUUCCUAAUGCCAUCUCACAUCAACACGUUUCUCCACAGUAGUGCCCAGCAGUGCACGGUAAAUCUACCCCCUCUGUAUCACAAGUCAGGGUCGAGUGCGUAUUUUGGUAUGGACACUUUUGACGCUCUCACCCCACCUCUGGACUCCCUGGAUAGACUCACCAUGACAGACUUUAAACAGACAGAUUAUGCUCAGAGUCCGUUCAUUCCGCAGCUGAACAACAAUGAAAGUCCAAUGGGAAUGGCUGUGGGUAUGCCAGAUGUGAAGGGCUCUCCUGCUGCUGUGGAUUUAGCAAAAAACCCCUUAGCUGAAACACAUGAAUUCAAACAAGCGUGCUCACUCUGCUACGUCAAAACUGGGCCUGGAGUGUUGGAUUACACACUUCAUACUGAAGACCAUAAAUGCAAAAAGGACGCUUUACUCGGCCGAAUCAAACAUUCGCCCGACAAAACGUGGAAGCUCAUUCGACCCAGACCAACAAAAACCCAAUAUGUUGGACCUUAUUACAUAUGCAAAGAGGUGGCUGUAGGAAAAGAGUGCCUGUAUCCUGGCCACUGCACAUUUGCCUACUGUCAGGAAGAGAUUGAUGUUUGGACUCUGGAGAGGAAAGGAUUUAUCUCCAGAGAGCUGCUCUUUGAUCCUUUUGGGCCAAACUCCAAUGUAAGGUUGACUGUCCCCAAGAUCUUACAGGAGCAUCAUGGGAUAUUCAUGUUUCUCUGUGGAGUGUGCUUUGACCACAAACCCAGAAUAAUCAGCAAAACCAACAAAGAUGAUCCGUCACUUUGCUCUCAUCCAGUGACAAAGCAUGACUUUGAGGAUCAUAAGUGCCUGGUCCACAUUUUGAAGGAGAAUACAGUCCGUUAUUCCAAAAUCAGACCCUUGAGUCCUCAGUGCCAGCUUGAUCUUUGUCGCCAUGAAGUCCGCUACGGCUGCGUGAGAGAGGACGACUGCUUCUACGCCCACAGCCUCAUCGAGCUGAAGGUCUGGAUGAUGCAGCAUGAGCUCGGUAUCACUCAUGAAAGUAUUGUCCAAGAGGCAAAGAAGUUUUGGAAUGCAACAGCUACGUUGCAGGGAGCUCAGCAGCUUUCCAGUGCACAAAGAAGGUUUGGGCCUCCAAAUCUGAAGAUGAUGUUUGUUUGUGGCCAGUGCUGGAGAAACGGCCAACUAAGUGAAGCCGACAAGAACAAGAAGUAUUGCUCAGCCAAAGCGAGACACACGUGGGCAAAAGACAGGCGGGUGGUGCUUGUUAGUUCCCAUGAAAGGAGAAAGUGGACAACGGUUAGACCACUUCCAACCAAAAAGCCAAUCCCAUCUCAGUUUGAGAUUUGCAUGCAUGUGACAGCUGGCAAGAAGUGUCAGUACAUUGGGAAUUGCACGUUUGCUCACAGUGUAGAAGAAAGAGACCUUUGGACUUACAUGAAGGAAAACAACAUUCCAGAUAUGGAUCAGCUUUAUGAGCAGUGGCUGCAGUCUCAGAAGCCUGGCUGGGGGGAAGAGACCUCGAAUAACUCCGUCAGGGAAAACGGCAAACAGAUACACAUGCCGACAGACUACGCAGAAGAAGUGGCUGGCAAUCACUGUUGGCUGUGUGGUAAAAACUGCAACAGUGAGAAGCAGUGGCAGCAGCAUAUCACAUCAGAAAAACACAAAGACAGAGUUUUCAACUCUGAGGAUGAUCAGAACUGCUGGCAGUAUCGAUUUCCCACAGGCACUUUCAAAGUUUGUGAGAGGUUCCUCAAAGGAACGUGCACAGAGGAUGACUUGUGUAAGCUGGCUCAUGGGGAGCAGGAGCUAAAGGAGUGGAUGGAGCGCAGGGAAUUCCUUUUGAUGAAACUUGCCAAAGCCAGAAAAGACCAUCUUAUAGCACCAAAUGACAAUGACUUUGGAAAAUACAGUUUUCUCCUUAAAGACAUUAAAUAAUUAUGUGAUGACAAUAUUCAUGUUCACUUGCAAGGAACGCAGUAUUCAAACAGUCUUGAGUCAGGUGAUCUGUGAGGGCCUCAGAUGUCCACAGGAAAUAGCCUGAUCACAGCAUGAUUUUAAAGCAGGGGCGUUCAGGACCGGCCCUCUGAUUGGUGGCUGGUUUACUCUGAUCUGAACUACCGGAGUGUUAUUGUUAACAGCAAAUAUUGGGUGUAAGACACUUGAAGCUUUGCUAUGCACCAGGCAGUAGAAAAACUGAAGACGGUGAUGAAAAUAGCAUGUGUAAGCCUUGAUCAGAGACGUGUUCAGAUACUCACAGCUGACCUAAAAAAAAAAAAAAAAAAAUUCUUUUUUUUUUCAUCAGUUUGUAUAUGUUAAUGACCUUUACCCGUUCAAUAAGUUUGAGGUAUGGGAUACUUAAAUUGAGAGUUCAGUUGACAUUCUUAUUUUAAUCUGUCGGCAUAGGUCGUUCUCACUUUCCACUUUCCAUUUAUCUAAUAGUGUUACCUGUGUAAUGGGCACCACACCAAAUAAAAGCUUCUUUUUUUUUAAAUACA